CCCGAGGCCCCGCCCAGGUCGCGGAGCCAAUCGACGCCCGGGUAUGGGCGGGGCAGGCGCGGGCGGCGGCGCAGAGAUCCGCGCGGGUGGAGGGUGCGGACGGACCAAGCUCACCGACCAUGGCUUCCAAGUGUCCCAAAUGUGACAAGACGGUGUACUUCGCCGAGAAGGUGAGCUCCCUCGGCAAGGACUGGCACAAGUUCUGUCUCAAGUGUGAGCGCUGCAACAAGACACUGACCCCCGGCGGCCACGCUGAGCAUGAUGGGAAGCCCUUCUGCCACAAGCCCUGUUAUGCUACACUGUUUGGACCCAAAGGCGUGAAUAUAGGGGGCGCUGGUUCCUACAUCUACGAGAAGCCUCCGACUGAGGCUCCUCAGGUCACUGGCCCCAUCGAGGUCCCUGUGGUGCGAACUGAGGAGCGGAAGACCAGUGGACCCCCCAAGGGUCCCAGCAAAGCCUCUAGUGUCACCACGUUCACUGGGGAACCCAACAUGUGUCCUCGAUGCAACAAGAGAGUAUACUUUGCUGAGAAGGUGACCUCCCUGGGCAAGGACUGGCACCGGCCCUGCCUGCGCUGUGAGCGCUGCUCCAAGACACUGACCCCAGGCGGGCAUGCUGAGCACGAUGGCCAGCCCUACUGCCACAAGCCUUGCUAUGGAAUACUCUUUGGACCCAAGGGAGUGAACACCGGCGCUGUGGGCAGCUAUAUCUAUGACAAGGACCCGGAAGGCACCGUUCAGCCUUAGAUCUGCAGAUGCUGUCCUCAGAGUCCUGCGAGACUCUGGGGAGUCUUGGCCUGCAAGCCUAGGUCAUAAGUGAUGGAGGGGGAAGCCCAGAAUAGCAUCCUUAGUUUUUUUGUGUCACCUUGGCAUGUCCUUUGUUGCCCACUACCCACUUUGUGUCUCCAUAACCCCGCGUAUCCUGUGUCCCCUCCGUCCCGGUGUCUCUAUGCUCCUGAUAACUCUCCAGGGUGGCUGUCCUAUGAUAUCCCUGUUACCCACACCUGCCCACCAGUAUUAUUUAUGCUCUGCUUGCCGGUGACGGCCUUGAGCUCACAGCAUUCCCAGGGUGAUGGCACCCCUGUGAAGAGCCCUCUGCUGGUCCCCACAUCACUCCCUACCUACUCCGCACGUGGUUCACAGCUACAGAGACAUUUGCGGUCAAUAAAUGGUUUGGUUUGAGGAUUGCAGAA